AGCGGCCGCAGCUCGGCCUGCGGCCCCGCCGCUUCAUUGUCACCUGGGCCUCGGAGGCUGCGCCAGGGCCCGGGCGCGAGGUCGCCCGCCCAAAGCCGGAGCCCCGGGCGUCCCACCCGGGAGGGCCUCGCACAUCCGCUCGCCGGCCGGCCCCGCAGGCCCCGCGCCCCAGGCCGGGCUCGCGCAGGGCCUGCUCCGCCUCCAUGAAAGGCUCCCGGGCCGCCAGUGGUCCCUCCGGCAGCCCCGAGGGCAGCUCAGUAGGGGUGGACCUGAGCCUGACGGGCCUCCCCCCGCCUGUGUCCCGGCGUCCCAACAGCGCCUCCGCGGCCAAGCCCCUCACCCGCUCCUUCUCUGUGGUCACAGGCAGUGAGCCAAGGACGAAGGUGCUGGAGGGGCCCGGGGGUGCCCGAACCAUUAACAACCUCCACAGAUCCAGCAGCACCACGCAGGUCCGCCAGCCGCCAGCCAGCCAGGCCUCGGCCGGCCCCCUCAGGCCGGCCGAGCACCCCCACUUCCUGACCCUCUUCGAGGGUGGCUCCGGUGGGAAAAAGAGGCCGGCUGGUGUGAGCAAAGCUCCCAGCGAGAAGGGAGCCACAUGGAAUGUCCUGGAUGACCAGCCCAGGGCCUUCGCCUUGCCUCCCGACUCCCGGAGUCCCAGCACCGUCGAUGCGCCGGUGGGCCCGCGGAGGAGAGAGUGCACCGUGCCCCUGGCCCCCAGCUUCACUGCCAACAACAGGAGCAACAAGGGCGCUGUGGGCAACUGCGUCACGGGCAUGGUGCACAACCGCUACACGCCCUCGGACUGGGCGCCACCCCCCAAGAGCUCCAACCGCACGGCUCCCUCCCUCAACAACAUCCUCAAGGCUGCCGCUGGCGUGGGAGAGAGCAGCGGCUCCGCAAAGCCGCUCGAGAACUUGGCCGGCAGCAACCACCUGGCCCAGAACAACGCCGGGGGCGCCUCGCUCAGACGGAAGGAGGUGACGGAGCAGGAGGCCGAGAGGUUUAUCCACCAGGUGAACCGGGCCGCCGUCACCAUCCAGCGAUGGUACCGCCAGCAGGUGCGGCGACGCGGAGCCGGGGCUGCCCACCUGGAGCACCUGCUCGCGUCCAAGCAGAAGGAGCAGGGACGGCAGCUCAGAGAGGGGCUCCUGGGCCUGCACCAGCAGAAGGAGGCAGCCAGGAAGAAGGUCCGGGAGGAGAAGGCACGCCAGGCCAGGCGAGCGGCCAUUCAGGAGCUGCAGCAGAAGCGGGCCCAGAAGUCAGGUGACCCUGAGCCCAGGCUGCUGGAGGAUGCCCGGGAGAUGGAGAAGCCCCGGCCUGCCCAGGAGCCGCUCCCGAGGCCAGGGGGCACCACUCACGCCCAGCAGACCCAGAAGGCCAACAACGCCGGGUCUGGCUUCCGAACUGCAGGCCCAGAGGACCCCUGCCAGUCUGCCUCCAACUCCUCCCCAGAGCCCCGGCAGUUUCCAGAAGACAAGCCUCAGGAUGCCAGCUCCCGGGAUGUGGCCAGCCAGGAUCUGGAGGUGGUGGGUCCUGCUGGGGGCAGGGCCAAGUCCAGGGCCACCCUGGACGAGCUGCUGGACACACUCAGGCUGCUGGAGGAGGAGCCUGAGCCACUGCCCUGCCCCAGGGCCUACCACCAGGACAAAUACUCCUGGACCGACCAGGAGGACGACGCCAGCUCCCUGACGGCUGACAACCUGGAGAAGUUUGGGAAGCUGAGCGCGUGCUCUGGUCCCCCCGAGGAUGGGACUCUGCUAUCCGAGGCCAAAAUGCAGAGUAUCCUGAGCUUUCUGCACGAGAUGGAGAUGGAGGCGUCGGGGCAGGGCCGGCCGGCCUCAGCCCCCCAGGGGCUGGUGCCGGAGGAGGGGCGUCUGGGGCCCAUGUCCACGGCGAGCGCAUCUGUGAUGCGGCUGAAGCUGGAGGUGGAGGAGAAGAAGCAGGCGGUGCGGCUGCUGCAGAGAGCGCUGGUGCAGCAGCGGGACCUGACCGUACGGCGGGUCAAGGAGACCGAGAAGGAGCUGGGCCGGCAGCUGCGGCAGCAGAGAGACCACUACGAGGCCACCAUCCAGCGGCACCUGUCCUUCAUUGACCAGCUGAUUGAGGACAAGAAGGCCCUGGCCGACAGGUGUGAGGCUGUGGUGGCAGAGCUGAAGCAGGGGGACCAGCGGCGCAAGGACAGGGAGGCCCAGGUGCAGGAGCAGCACGAGCUGGAGAUUAAGAAACUCAAAGAGCUAAUGAGCGCUACCGAGAAAGUCCGCAGGGAGAAGUGGAUCAAUGAGAAAACCCGAAAAAUCAAGGAGAUCACAGUCCGAGGCCUGGAGCCCGAGAUCCAGAAGCUGGUCGCCAAGCACAAGCAGGAGGUUAAGAAGCUCAAGAGCCUGCACGAGGCGGAGCUGCUGCGGGCGGACUCGCGGGCGGCCCAGCGCUUCGGGCGCCAGGUGGAGGAGCUCCGCGAGCAGCUGGAGCAGGAGAAGGAGGCGCUGGGCCGGCAGGAGCGCGAGCGCGCCCAGCAGCGGUGGGUGUCCUCCCCGGGCGGGCCUCGCCAGGACAGGAGGGGGCCCGGGCCCGAGCAGAGCUGGGGGGUGCCGCGACCCCGCGGGAGGAGACGGCGGACGCUGCGGGCACGAAGCUGGAAGCACCAACCUGCACUGCCAGACGUUUCUGGAAGAGGCCAGGGUGGACAGGUGCCCAGGGUCGCGUAUGAGGCCAUGCGCAUGGGCCUGAUGACAGAGGCCCAAUCACCUUCCCAGAGCCUGCCCCGUUUGGGCCCUCACCCCCACCCCCAGGCUGGAGGUGUCCAGCCCCAGGACGGCACCCCCGGGCGGUGCUGCUGGUGCUCCCCCUGUGCCCCAACCUGGGUCCUGAGGGGGCCCACAGCGGCCCGGGUCCUGCCACCCGGGUUGCGUGGGGCCCACCCUGCGCCGGCCCCAGCUAGCCCCAUGCACCCCCAGGAAGCGUGGCUGCUGAACCGGGAGCGGGAGCUGAGGGAAGAGGUCCGGAGAGGCCGGGAUAAGGAGAUCGAGCUGGUUAUCCACCGGCUGGAGACUGACAUGUCGCGCGCCAGGGAGGAGAGCGAGAGGGCGGCGGAGAGCCGCGUCCAGCGCCUCCGGGACCAGCACGCCGCGGAGCUCUCGGAGCUGGAGCGGGCGGAGCGGACGCUGCAGGAGCGCUGCAGCGAGCUGAAGGGGCGCCUCGGGGAGGCCGAGGGGGAGAGCGGGCGCCUGCGGGGCCUGGUGCGGCAGAAGGAGAAGGAGCUGGCGCACCUGGCGGCGGUGAACGAGCAGCUGGUCAGCGAGAGGAGCGGCCUGGCCGAGGUGCUCCGCCAGGAGUUCGCCGACCGCCUGGCAGCCUCCGAGGAGGAGAGCCGGCAGCUUCGGGCCCGCCACAGGCUGGAGCUGGAGCAGCUGACGCGGGAGAAGCAGGCGGAGCUGGAGCACGUGCACGGGAGGGUGAAGGCGGCCCUGGCGAAGAAGGAGGAGGCCGUGCUUGGCCUCCGAAAACAGCACCAGGCGGCGGUGAAGCGGGCCGAGCACCUGGAAGAGCUGCUGGAGCAGCGCGGGUGGCCGCUGCCCAGCACCAAGUGACCCGCAGCCCGGAUGGGAGACAGCGGCCGGGCGGAGGGCACCUGGUGCCAGGUGGAGCCCGGCCCGGCCCCGCGGCGC